UAAAAUCCUAAAAAUUAAACAAAUACUUAAAAUCAGGAACAGGAACUUUGUCAGCUCAGAUUAAGUUUUCAAUGCAUACAACCUUUUCCCAUAAAACUCCCUAAAUCAAUGGGAAUUUAGAACUAUUUUCAAGAUGGAUGUAGUAAUGAUGUAACUAUUCCAAUUUCACCAAAUCUAUCUUGUCCCCUAAGGCUCUCAGAGAUUACUCUUUUUUUUUUUUUUCUCCCUUUUUUUCUGUAGGUGAGCCUUUAUUUUCCAUCUCCACAAAACAGAACUUUCACUCAGAGCAAUCUUCUUUAAUGAAAAAGAAGAUUCACCAAUGCUUUUAAAGACCCUUCAACCAAAUUAAACCAAUAUGUUCACACUUAAUUAGGAUCAAUUAUGUAUAUGUAUUUUACCAAGAUUGUAUGCUUCAUGUGAAAACUUAAAUACAUGAAGAACCAUGCAUAUGCUAAUUUGAAGCAAAGGGAAAAAAAAAAAAAAAGAAGGCUGAAGAGGGUUCUAAAGUGAAGUCUUCAUUCAACAAAAGGUAAAAUCUUCUGGCUAAAUCCAUUAUUAAAGUGCAUAACUUGGCUUGGUCUAGUACUAAAAAAAAGUGAUGAUGGCAAUUUGGUCAUUUAGCUUAAUGUACUGUAUUUUUUUUUGUUGUAAAGUAAGCAAUUUGAUUUAGCUUCAUACCCUUUAAAGCCAGCUUUGCUUUAUUUAUAACCUUAACUACAACAAGAGAAAGAAAACAAUUACCACAAAUUCCAGAGAGAAACAGCAAGAAAAGAAAAGAAAAGAAAAGAAAAAGAAAGAAAAGAUUAGAUCAAUGAGAACCCAUAAACAGAUAUUGGAUAAACAACAAUCACAAAGCCAGAGAUUUAAGAAUCCAUCUAUUAUCAAUACAAUUGGAAGUCCAGCAAAGGAUGAUGAUAAUGAGGAGGAGGAAGAGGAGAUAUCAAGAUCAGCAUUGGCUACGUUUCGAGCCAAGGAAGAGGAGAUUGAGAAGAAGAAAUUGGAGAUUAGAAACAAGGUUCAAGCUCAGUUGGCUCGAGUUGAAGAAGCAACCAAACGCUUAGCUGAGAUACGAGAAGAGCUUGAAGCUCUCGCAGAUCCUUUGAGGAAAGAAGUUACACUUGUGAGAAGAAAGAUCGAUAUGGUUAACCGGGAGUUGAAACCUCUGGGGCAAACGUGCCAGAAGAAGGAGAAAGAAUACAGAGAAGCACUUGAAGGUUUUAAUGAGAAAAAUAAGGAAAAAUCUAAACUAGUUUCCAAAUUAAUGGAGCUGGUGGGUGAAAGUGAGAGACUGAGGUUGAAGAAGCUGGAGGAAUUGAGCAAGAACAUUGAAACACUUCCCUAAUUUGAAGAUUCUUAUAAUAGCAAUAGCCAAUGUUUGUUAUAUAAGCUUGAUGUAAUUAGAAUCAUAUGUUUGAACCUUCUGCAUAUUUUUUCUUUUUUCUUUCAGUGAUUCUAAUUUUCUGAUACAGGAAAAAGGAAAUUACCCACCAAACUGCAAGUUUGGUACUUUCGGAUUUCUUUCUAA